UUCCUUGCUCCAAGUCUUAGCGAGGAGCGAAGCCCGGCCGCUGGGUUUCACUUGCUGGUUGUGGCUCCCCGCUCCUCCGGCCUGGGAGCUUGUAAAACUGCACGGUAACUGUCAAGUGAAAUUCACGUUGAGUUUAAAGCUGCAGAACCCCAAAGGCACCCUCUGCAGGACGUGUUGCGCUCACGGAGCAGCUCAGGGCUGAGGGCAGCCGGGGUCCCCUUACCCUUGCUGGACAGCGGCGAGGACUGAGGCAGCUCUGACUGAUUUCACAUAAAUUACCAUGGCUGAGCCCAGCCCAGCCCCGGUGGUUUUGUGGGCUCUGAGCACCCGCUGUGGGGGCUGAACUGCCCACGGGCUUGGUGCCCCCCGGGCAGAGCCCCCCGUGGAGCCGAGCACCUUGCCCAGCCGGUGGGUGCUUUGUGUCACGGCGCGGUGACGAGCGGCUGCGUCCCCCCCCCCAGGCUCUGCUCAUGGAGAACGGCAAGCUGAACCCCAUCAUCCGCGAUGUCUACGCGGCCACCGGCCGUGUCCAGCAGGCGCCGGCCGCCACCUCUGCACGGAGGGGCGGCAGCUGCAGGGAGCUCAUGGUCAAGCUGACGGAGGGGCAGUACGUGCUGUGCCGCUGGACCGACGGGCUCUACUAUCUCGGAAAGAUCAAAAGGGUGAGCGGCUCCAAGCAGAGCUGCCUCGUGACGUUUGAGGACAACUCCAAGUACUGGGUCCUCUGGAAGGACAUCCAGCAUGCCGGUAUCCCCGGGGAGGAGCCCAAGUGCAACGUCUGCCUGGGGAAGACAUCAGGGCCCAGGAACGAAAUCCUCAUCUGCGGGAAGUGCGGGCUGGGUUAUCACCAGCAGUGCCACGUCCCAGUGGCGAGUGGCGGCGAGGGCCCGCUGGGGACACCAUGGUUCUGUCGCCGCUGCAUAUUUGCCCUGGCUGUGCGGAAGGGGGGUGCCCUGAAGAAGGGAGCCAUCGCCAAGACGCUGCAAGCUGUCAAGAUGGUGCUGUCCUACAACCCCGACCUGCUGGAGUGGGACUCCCCGCACCGGACCAACCAGCAGCAGUGCUACUGCUACUGUGGGGGCCCUGGCGAGUGGUACCUGAAGAUGCUGCAGUGCUACCGCUGCCGGCAGUGGUUCCAUGAAGCCUGCACCCAGUGCCUCAGCGACCCCAUGAUGUUCGGAGACAGGUUCUAUGUGUUUUUCUGCUCCGUGUGCAACCAGGGACCUGAAUACAUCAAGCGCCUGCCCUUGAGAUGGGUGGACGUCGUCCAUCUCGCCCUCUACAACCUGGGUGUGCAGAGCAAGAAGAAGUACUUUGACUUCGAGGAGAUCCUGGCCUUCGUGAACCACCACUGGGACCCUCUGCAGCUCGGAAAGCUCACCGGCACCCCCGUGUCCGAGCGAGGCCCCCACCUGCUCAACGCCCUCAACAGCUACAAGAGCCGGUUUCUCUGUGGGAAAGAAAUCAAAAAGAAGAAAUGCAUCUUUCGGCUGCGAAUCCGCGUCCCGCCGAACCCCCCCAGCAAGGUGCUGCCCGAGAAAGCCCCGGGUGUGGGCGAGAGCGGCUCCUGCGAGCUGAAGAAGAGAGGAAAGGGCAAAUACGUCCACAAAGAGAGCCUGCUGCCGCGGCAGCUCCAGCAGCAGAAGCGGCGAGCGGCGCGGCGGAAGCGGGCCAAGUUCCUGCUGGAGGACGCCAUCCCCAGCAGUGACUUCACCUCUGCCUGGAGCACGAACCAUCACUUGGCCAGCAUCUUUGACUUCACACUGGAUGAAAUUCAGAGCCUGAAGAGCGCCAGCUCAGGACAGACCUUCCUUUCGGACGUGGACUCCACAGAUGCCGCCAGCACCUCGGGCUCGGCCACCACCAGCCUCUCCUACGAAUCCAGCCAGAGGACAGUGGGCAGCCGCAAGCGCAAGCUGGCCAUGCCGGCCUACGCCUCAGCAGGGGCGAAGCGUCGAGGCGGGGAGGCGGGCGGGUGCCCGGCCGGGGGCACCCUUGAGGGCAGCGAGGUGGCCUGCGGCCCCGAGCGGCCGGACGACGGCAUCGACAGCCACACCUUCGAGAGCAUCAGCGAGGACGACUCCUCGCUCUCGCACCUCAAGUCAUCCAUCAGCAGCUACUUCGGGGCGGCGGGCCGGCUGGUCUGCGGUGAGAAGUACCAGGUGCUGGCACGGCGGGUGACGCUGGAGGGCAAGGUCCAGUACCUGGUGGAAUGGGAAGGCACGACCCCCUACUGAGCCCCCUGGCCCCGAUUCCUCUCCUGGAGCAAACAUUGGAGGUCUGGGGCAUGGUGAAGCCCCUGGUGCACUGCAGAGGAGGAGGCACUGGCACCACCAUGGCCGGGGUGGGCUCGGAGCCCCCUGUGUUUGGGGUCCCGGCUGCCUGGAGCCAUGGGGGGCACAGGCAGCAUCCAAACCUGCGCUGCUGUGGGGUGAAACCUGCAGCCUUUCUAUUGUAUUUCAUUGACAAUUGUUACUUUAUUGGCCGUGUAUAUGCAAAGAGCGACGCUUUCCUGCUUGAGCCUCUGGCCAAGCCAGAGGCACUGCCGCAGCGGCGGGGGAGCAGUGAGCAGCUCUGGCCUUUCCUGGCCCAGGAGGGUCUCCAGGGUGCUGCCCUGUGGCUGUCUGUCAUGCAGGCAGGCUUCUUGGGGGCUCCUGGUGCACCCCAGUGUCACCGCAUCCACACCUUAAACAGCAGCCUUGAGGGGGUCCGUGUGCCAAGCACCAGUCACCUCCACUGUCACACCGAGGAGCCCGACGGCCUGGCCCUGUGCCCCCAGGAAAUGGUGGGUGACUCUCGUGGCAGCUGUUGCAUUCAGGAUUCUCAUCUCGAGUCCAUUUGUUCGAGGAAUGCGGUUUGUUCUAAGCAAGGGGAAGAUGCCCUGUGAGCAGCCCACGUGCAGCG